UUCAUGCCGCCAGUCAGUUUUCGAUUUGCUGCAGGUACAUCAACAUCUUCAUCGAAGUUUUCAGCUGAACGUUUGAAAAGUUUUCUGAUCGGAGGCUCGCAAUCGCGUUCUAGGCCGGAGGUAGGGGCUGUACGAGUCUCGUGUGAUAAAGCACGGGGACAUCGCGAACGUGUUAUUGUUAGUUUGGUAGCGUAUACGUGAUCUAUUUUUUCGGUGUAUCUUUGCAUCCGGAAAAGUUUUCGAACGGGGGAUAAAGCAAAACCUACAAUCAGUGACCGUUAUCGCUCUCAGGGGGCUUCGCAGUUGGAGUCAGCAGAAAAAAAGCCAAAUGAUGCCAAAAGAUGCAACACAGGAAGCAUCAUUAAGGCCAAGAGCAAAAAAUUUGAAUGGAUAGUGGACAUGGAGCUGUUUAAAUGCCGGUUUCACUGGCAGAGAAUCAACCCAAUCCAAAUACCUGCGAUUAGAGUGAGACAGAUUUACUGUAAUUUGAUUUGUUUUCUGUGUGAUCAUUUUUAGGAGUUGUUGAUAUGGGUAGAACAGCAUGAAGUGGUUUCAAGCAAUAAUAAUAAAACAGGUGUUGAACGCGAAAAAAAGUUUUAAGUGAGAAAAGUGAAUCAAUCGCAUUUGAAGAAACAUAACAAGAGCGAAAAGAUUGGCGCAAUGUGUAUACGUUCUGGUUUAUAAACGCGAGAGUGAAUUGAUACCUUCUUACGAUUAAAUACCUCGCCGAUAAUUGCGCAUUGCUCGCCAGUGAAAAUGUAGGUUACGACAAAUGUGCUGUAAAUUACUCCCCGUAAUUCAACUGCCUCGCCAUUUCCUCUUCAGACGGAGCGAUAAUUCGGGAAUGGGAAGUAUCAUCCGGCUGCCACCUCUUUUGGAUAACAAAAAGUGCGAAGCGAAAGAAAGCGAAGAAAUAGAUGCGUGAAAAGUGCACUCGACACUGAUCGAGUUGCAUUGAUAAUUAGUUGCAUGAAGUGAAAAGAAGAUAUGUGUACGUUUCUGGCGCCACCCACUCUGCCACUACAUUGUUGUGAUCUCUGUCUGAGUGCACGCAUCACUGCAUACUUUUGUUUCUGGAACGCAGAAUACGCGGUGUUUGAUUAGCGGAAAAAAUUUGGGAACAUCAGUUGUGGCGGUUGGUCCAAACUGGUGGACAAAUUAAACAUCCUUCAGCUACACGAUGGCGUACGUUGUGUGGCGCGUGCUGGUGAAGCAGUAUUCCAAGGUGCGCCUUGGGGUGCAGCGUAAUCCCCCGCUGGAUGAUGAUCUCACGCCCAACACACGCCGAGCGAAAUCUUUUGACGAAAGCGUAUGGAAAUCACGCGACAGCUCGCCUAACCUCUCCUCGAACUUAUCGGCUGUAUCUUCAGUGGCCCUAUCGAGCCGCUACUCGGCAGCAGCCGACCCGAGCCCAUCGGCGUGCACAAGUACCGGGAACACCGUUAGCUGUGGAGGGGGUCUGGACGAUAUUCUAGUGAUUGAAAGUGAAAGUGAACAGCACUCGGGGCUGCAUAGCUAUCCCUACUCGCAUUGUGGUACUCUCAGUCGGGGGGAAGUACGUAAAAGUCGGUCCAAAAUGAAAAGUUAUCUGAAGCGCUGCAAGGAUGCUCUGAUCGGCAGCCAGGCGACAGAGGACACAUGUCCAAUCACACAUCACGAGGCAGUGGUUCAGCACCAGAUACAGCAGCCCGAAACGGCGUUGGAACAGGCCAUUCCGGUUCCGACCGCCAACUGGUAUCUGGACGAUCAGCUGUGUGAGAUUCGCCCGGAAGAUAAUCGGGAACCGUACUCCACGUUCGCUACGGCCCGGUUGAAGGAACAAUUGGAGAGUGAGGAGCAGUCUCAAAGACAACAGCUGUCGAAGCUUCAAGUGGGUCACGAGAGUAGUGUUGUGGUGGCGUCAGAGUAUGCCGGCGAUUCCCAGGGUGAUGAUCUAUUGGAUUCCGUGAAUGAAAGUGGCGCCGCUGGCGGUCUCGUUGCACAGGGAUCAAAGAUUCCUCCUUCGUCACCGCCGGUGGCGAACAGCAGUUUAUCAUCGAAUGGUAUUGAGAAGCUGAUAGACCAGCACUUCGGCCCGCUGUAUCCCGAUUACGCAGACCACACACGGUCGGUGCUGAUCCGACAGGCUCGCGAUCUGCUGGUCUGUACCUUCCACGGUGAUCUGGAACGGUUCGAGGCGGACUUCCUUGCUCCAGCGGCGGAUAUCGUGAGCGGAUUGCAGAUCGCAUAUCUUCAAGGAACGGCACUACUCAUGUCAGAUAACCUCUGCUGGCACAGUGGUUGGCCACUUGCGGUAGCCGGAGCCCUGGUGCUCCAUCUGGGUGCUCUUGAUGAGUCGUUGGUGCGCAGCCAGGACCUCUAUCUCUGUAUUCGUCCGGAGCCGGAAACGAACGAACCUCGUCUCUAUGCGGUUUGGCGUGGAGGAACGGCCGCUAGUGAUAAACUGUCGCACCAGCCAGCCGCGCCCGUCCAGUCCAAUUCGGUCGUCUACCGACAGCUGGAUCCGGUCAAGGAUCCUGUUACGCCUCUAGCUGUGGAAAUGCUAGCUGAGGACUUACCCGCGCUACUGCAAAACUUACUGGUCGGAAUCGAGCGGGCCAUCUGCCGGGUACCGCUGGAGGAGCUGUCCUUUCCUCCGGCGGAGAACGGCGCAUCCUCGGUCGCCGAAGAAACCGACGAUUGUCAAAACAACAACACUGGAACGCUGGUGAAGGAACCUUCCGAUCGGCAGGACAAAUACAUCUUCAACCCGGGUACCCCUAAAAUCGGUAUCAAGCGCCGUGAACUCAUCACCAAAAAUAAACUGGUCAACAAUAAGUACGCCCUUAAAAGGAUAACAAAUCUAUCGCCAUCAUCGACUGGUAACAACAAUAAUAACCCAUCGGCCACCGCAAAUGGUAGCGGUAAUAGCGGCAAUCAGGCUGGCUCCAACGGUAAUAACCCUGUCGCUUGCCAUGAAUCGUUCGUCAAAAAAAGUGAAAAUACUCAACGAAUCAACGGUAAUCUCGAUAAUGAGAGCUUAGUAGAGGUGGAAGGAUUUGCGGCAAUUGGUGGCAGUGGCAUAAAACUGUGUGACCCAGGUGGUGCAGCCACGGUUUUUCCCGACAGUUGUGACGGUGGAGGAAGCAGCGAUAAUCACCAAUCAACCACAUCCACCUCGGCUAGCAUCAACUCGAUGCCAUUAUUCUGCCUCGGCGGAUCAUUUCCCCACAUCGACAGCGAUGAAGAGAGCGGUGACGACAUGAAAAAGUGUGAAACAGCACCAGCCCAUCCCCAGGACAUUGUGGCCCCGAGGUCGAUCCAAGAUCUUCCGGAGAAACUGCUGACGUCGGGAAUUUCAAUACCAGCACCAGCCCAUCCCCAGGACAUUGUGGCCCCGAGGUCGAUCCAAGAUCUUCCGGAGAAACUGCUGACGUCGGGAAUUUCAAUACCAGGAACCUACGAUCGGUCUGGCUCGCCGCUGAUUUACAUCGAAGUUGAGAAGGUGCUCGCGUCAGGACUCAACUGUUACGAAAUCGCAACCGUUCUGUUGUAUUACAACACGCUACCGAUCCAAAGCCCUUCGCAGUAUUGUAUCCACCUGCUGUUGAGCGAAAGUUCGCAGCUGACUUUCCUGGAAACCUUGGACAGCGCACUUCAGCUUCUCAGUGGCCAUCUCAAGUUCGGCUCGAUCUACGUGUCCGGAUCGUACGAUCCGGCGGACAACAAGCACCCACCGAAAGAGCUGAUCCGGCACCUGAAUGUGCACAUCAAAUAUCUCAACAAUGAAACCGUCAAGAACUUCAUCGGCACCGACAAUUUGCCGAUUCGGUGCUGCGGAUUCUACGUACAUGAUCAAAACGAGUGGAUUGACUUUUUCCGAACGCUGGAACCGUUGCAGGUUCAGUGCAUAACAACCGGCCGGCGGUUGGUAAACGUCCUGAACGACAUCCGUCUGCUGGAAACUCAAGGAACUUUACCCACUCGUAGACAGUUGCACUCCCAACAUCGGGCCCUCAGCCGAGCUCUGAUGGAUUCGGAACUGCAAAGCCUGCGCCGAAAAGGACCAAAUACCAUACAACGACUUCAGGACAAACUAACCGUUAUCAACAACAAACAAACGCUUAAUCAAACCAAAAAUUUAGUUAAGAUGUGUAGUCUAGAUAAUAACAAUCGCUUCGUGGGCAGUAGUCUUAACGGAAACCAUCACCACCAUCACCUUCAUCUGCAGCAGCAAUCAAUCGCCAACGGGAGCAAUAGUUGCGGCGAAAAGGACCUCAUCAACGCUCGGCUCAGCGAAGUGAUCACCAUCUACCAGGAGGUCGAUCGCGCCGCCCGCAAACUGGAACAGCUGACCGAACAGCGGAGAGAAAGACUCAGAGAAAUGACGCGGCAACGCGCCCUGGAUGAUGAGAUCAAUGAGGUAAUCUCUUGGAUUCGGAAUGACGGCAGAAAAGCCUUGCUGAGUUUUAACGACGCUUCCACACUGGAAAACGUGGACCGUGUGCGAGAUCUCAGCCAGGAAUUUGAGAAAUUCUACUUCAUCUCGAAGAAGCACCUAGCGAAGGGAAAGGACCUACACGAUGCGUCAGCAGACUUGGAAAUCCGUAAGGAUACUCUGCAGUUGUUGAAAGAUGAUAUCGACCAGCACCAGGAACAACUCGAGCGAACUCGCGAGCGUCUAGAGGAAACCACUCGCUUGCACAAACUAAUCGAAUCACAAUCGUUUGAUGAUGUAGCGCAGGUAGAGUUGCUGAAGCUGGCGGAAAAGAUCGACGUUCCCCGUUUGUUGGAACAAUGCAAAAAGUUAGUUUUAGCCAGUAGUAACAACGGAGAUACCAACACUACCAGUACCAGUGAUAAUAUCAGUUUAGACCUAAGUUUAUCGGACGAUACUAUCACGGCCACGAGUACUCCAGAAAAAGGUAAAUUUGGACAACAAACAAUUCCGGUUUCCAGGUGUAUAUCGGCACUGAUUGGAUCAAAUGAAACUCGCUGCAAAACGGAUCAUGGUCACAUUCAUCAACACGAGGAAGACGAAGAAGAGCAAUCGAAAAUGGCUGACUCUGGCCUCGGUGGAUGCGAUCGCUGUGAAGGAAACGAGAAACUCGAGCGAACUUGCUCGUGUCAAAGCCUUAACGAUCCGAAGAAUGGAUGCACUAACAGUGACGAUUUAGACGAGGACUGCUUUGAAGGAAUGUCAAAGCCAUCUCUAGAUCUACAGAUACCGCUACAGGCAAAUGCCCACUUGUAUUGUCAUGCGUCGAACUUGCAGCUAGAUUACGAGGAGAACAACGUGUUUGACCAAAAGACACAGAAAACGCUUCUAUUGAUCAUGCGUGAGAUGAUUGGAACAGAACGCGACUACGUGCGAUCACUGCAGUACGUAAUCGAAAAUUAUAUGCAAGAACUUCUACGUGAAGACAUACCACAGGCUUUGCGCGGCCAACGGAACGUUAUUUUUGGAAAUAUCGAGCGAAUAUGCGAGUUUCAUCAGCAGCAUUUCCUGAACGAACUGGAGAAUUGUGAACACCAUCCGAUGAAGGUCGGCAGUGCAUUUCUGCGCCAUGAGUCCAAAUUUUACCUGUACGCUUUGUACAACAAGAACAAACCAAAGAGUGACUCCCUGAUGAGCGAGAAUGGAACUCAAUUCUUCAAAACCAAGCAAAUGGAGUUGAACGACAAAAUGGAUCUGGCUUCCUACCUCUUGAAGCCGGUGCAACGAAUGGGAAAGUACGCCUUGCUGCUUCAACAGCUUAUGAAGGCCUGUGCACCUGCUCAGAAUACCGCCAACCAGGAGAUUCUUGAAGAUCUAGAGCAAUUGCAGAAGGCAGAAGAGAUGGUCCGCUUCCAGCUGAGACAUGGUAAUGAUCUUCUAGCGAUGGACUCUCUGCGAGAUUGUGAUGUCAACGUGAAAGAACAGGGUCGACUAUUGCGCCAAAAUGAGUUUCUUGUGUGGGAAGGAAAAGCCGGUAAGAAAUCUCUUCGGCAGGUGUUCCUAUUUGAAGAAUUGGUUCUGUUCAGCAAGGCACGACGAUUUCCCGAUCGAAAGAAUCUCGACAUAUACAUCUACAAAAACAGUAUAAAAACGUCCGAUAUUGGGCUGACAGCCCAUGUGGGUGAUUCGCCAUAUAAAUUUGAGAUUUGGUUCAGGAAACGGAAGCCCGGCGACACCUGGACCUUACAAACCAUGAGCGAAGACAUCAAAAAUACAUGGACCGAGGAAAUAUCUAAGCUACUCUGGAAGCAGGCAAAACGGAACAGGGAAAUUCGUUUAGCAGAAAUGUCGUCAAUGGGGAUUGGCAGCAAACCCUGCCUCGACAUCCGUCCCAGUCAAGAUCAGAUCAACGAUCGUUCCAUCAGUAUUACAAUGUUUGGGAAAACACCCAAACUACGCAAUUCCUUUAUCGGAGCGUUGCCGGAAUCGAAAAGUGUGAAACGACCACAAUCGAUUAUUUCCGUCAGUAGCUCGUCAUCGUCGGGCAGUUCUGUGGUCAGCACCGAAACUGGCUCGACGGCGAGCGGUUGCGAUGGUACGACCACGAUCGGAAGUGGUAUCGGAAGCAGUUCCGCUGUUUCAUCUGGCUGUAGUGCUAGUAGCUCAAGUGGCAAUAGUACCACCGCCAGCAUCACCACAUGCAAACGCCUCACCCUCAACAUAACCGACCCAAACGCUCCGGCGCCUCUGAAGAUGAACUUUAAGAAACAUCAAAGAUCUACCACGCUAGUGAGCCAAUGUUCAAUGGAAAGUGGCAUCAUAGCCGAUAUUUCGCUAAGUCCCGACGAGGCGCUGGAGAAUCCACUUUGGCCCCAGCAAAACCGGCAUGCUUUGCUGCGAAAGUCGCAUAGCGUUGCGUCCACCAGUCAGGAAUACAACAAAGCCCAAGAAGAAAACACCAAACCAAUAGAACGACAGAACAGUAAUACAACAGCUUCUACCACAGCCCAGAACAAUUCCAGCACCACGAACGCCUCCGACACGAUUACCGUCCACCUCUGAACGAAGUAAACGGUCUUGUUGUCUAUCUUUACUCUCACCCACGAAAAGUAUUUUUGUACAAAGCAGCUAACACACCUUGUCUAUAAGUGGAAUUAAUAUUCUAGCUCUAACCUCUAUGAUAGAAACAUAAUAUAAAGCUUGAUUGCACCCGCUAAAUCUGAUGAUACAAUUGUGUGUAUUGAGUGUACCUAAGUAAUGAUCCUAGAAAUAUCCAAUCAUCAGUUAUGGAACAAUUUAAUCAGUUAUUUGAUUGACUUACGGAGUAUGUUUAAGCAUCACUUGAACCUUUAUUUAUGUACUAAAUUAUGAACUACUUGCUACGCGACGAAACUGUUCAAACCAUUUAUUUUAGAGUAAUCUUACGAUCGAAUGAAAUAUGUUGUAUAAGUAUCAAGAGCGACAGGCAAGCAGUUAGUGAAACGGACGUUUUCUAGCAUUAAAUUUAGUCCCGCGAAAAGCCAUUAUUUUGAACCAAUUUCCUUAUUAAGAUUAUCGUAGGACUAGAUGAGUUUAAACUAAAGUUACUCGAAAGGAAAGCUUUACAUUAAGAACGAUUACAAUUGCAAUUUUAAGCCGUUUAUCUAGCAUUCUUGGUAGAGUAAGAGCGCAUAUUUUAUUUUAGUGAACGAUCAUGUCUUUUAGUAUUUUCCACAUAUUUAAGUGAUAAUUUAUAAACAAAGCUCUAUAUAACUGAAUAUAACCACUAAGUGUCCGAAACGAUUAUUGCGGGAAGUUAAUAAUGUAAGCCUUUUUUGUUUGCUUUUCUGUUAGUAAAGGUCUGUAUAUUAUAUUACUUUUACUAUGUGUACAUUUAAACAAAAAUAUAAGCGUAUCCAUAAAUGCUAUUAAAACACUUUAUUUACCACUAAUUA